AGAACAAGAAAAGGAGGGAAGGAAAAGACAGAAGAAGUCUUCAGGGGGAGCCAAUGCUUACGAUGCACAUGACCUGUACGUUUCUUCAUUUCUUUCGCUUAUGGUCAAGUUUAUUUCCUUCACUGAUUUCGAACUUUCAGUACCUCUCCCUAUGCUCUUGCUAACCUUCUCUUCCGCGGCAUCCUAGUCCAACAUGAUGUGCGAGCCCAUAUCUUCAUGUCUAACCUGACUACACAAUGACAUAUAAACACGAGAAGGAUAGAGGAAUAAGGCGUGUACGACAUGACUCGUCGUUUCAGGAAGCAUUUCUUUACUUUUUUCUUCUUUUCUUUUCUCAGCCUCUCAGUCUCCAGUACACAUCUCGCAUUUCUCCUUGUCCAUCGUUGUUCUGCAUCCUCUGGUUACUUCUGCUCCACUCCCGAGUACGACGUCGACGGAAAAUUCCGACAAGGCAGCUACCCUUCGACUAGCCGUAUGAGAGAUCGGACCGGAAGGGGCACUUCGGGAUAUUUUGCUUGGUGUGUAGGGAAGUGAGUAAGGCCUGGGGGCGGGACGGCGACAGGCAUGCAAGGUUAAUAUGACAAUAUCAAUGUCACGUUCGGAAGCCCGCAUAUGGGGGGGACGUCUAUGGCAGAGGCGACAUGUUCUUCAUCUCAUUUUUAGACUAGGAACGGCAACGGCAUCAUCCGUCAUCCUUCAACUCACCACCGCUAGUAUUUACGAGGGGUUGCCAAGGCGUUAAAUAGACACACAUACACACACA